AUUACAACUGCAAACAUGAUGCUGUGUACAUUUUUUAUAUUUAUUUUGCUAAAACAAUCCCUGCAAGACUGCAUCAUUGACGAUACAACACCCGUUAAUGUCUGGGAGCAACGUCUCCACAAAGAUCUUAAGCUGAAGCCUGAACUGUCGAACAUACCUUGCGACCGCAACGGCGUAGAAGUAAAACUGCGGCUCAACUUAAAAUGGUUUAAUUACGACAGCAACCAGGGAGCAUUCGCCAUUUAUAGUUGGGUGAUGUUAACAUGGAACAAUAACAAAAUUACCUGGAACCCUGCAGAUUAUAACGGACUGAAUGAAACCCUCAUAUUGAACUCUGACAUGUGGUACCCCGAAAUAAAAUUGAUGAAUUCCAUAGAUUCAGAGCAGUCAGUGCAUUUCUUCUUCGAACAAUGUGCGAUCAGGAGUAGUGGUGAAAUUUUCUGCAUCUACAAAAUGGUUGACAGUGCAAUUUGCAAUAGCGAUUUGACUAAAUGGCCGUACGACACGCAAUCUUGCAGUGUUAAGUUCGGAGUAUGGAAAAAUAAGAAUAACACAGUGAGACUUAAAACGGCUGGACGUGCUGUACGUAUGAUUGGUGCUGAUUACGGAAUGGAGUGGGAUAUAAUAGAUUACAAGCAAGAGGAGAAUCAGGGAGCGGAGACCCAACUAACAAUGACAUUUGUGAUAGAGCGACACGCGGAGACGGUAGCUGCUACGCUCAUUUAUCCAUCUAUAGCACUUUCUACAUUAUCAAUAGUUUCUUUUACUUUGGAUGUGAGAAGAAUGACACGUUUCGGACUCGUCUGUUUUAAUAUAGCGAAUCAUUUUUCAUUCUUGACAGAGUUGCAGGAGAAUAUGCCUGGUCAUAGUUUUUACACGCCUAGUGUUUUGUUCUAUUACCGAGGCUCGAUGUUGACCAACAUAUUCCUUUUUCUCUUGACUCUUAUGUUGGCUGGUAUGUGCAAGAGAGAGAAGGUGCCUCCCCUUUGGGUCUCUUUCGUUAAUGAUAUCGUAUACAAAGGCCGAGGGAAGAUGCUGGUUUGGCCUAAAUGGGAAUCGGAGGUGGGUGCCAACGAAUUCGCUGAACAGUGGACUAAUUUUGCAAAUAUAAUUAACAGUGUAUUCUUUAUUGUUACUGUUAUUGUUUAUGUGUGUCUAUAUUUUGUUUAUAUGCCCCAACCACCGCCAUUAAAUUAUUAAAAAAAAUGUGUUUUUCGCAAUAAAUUAAAACUUUUUAAUAUGUUUUUGUAGUAAUCGGUAACAUAGCAGAAUAUCGAUAAAGAAUCUGUUUAUGCUGUGGCAAAUAAAUGUUGUAUUAUUUUGUUUUAAAUUACUCAAAUUAUGAAGUUUUCAAUUACACCGCUUAAUAAUUA